GGCUCUGUGUGACGAGGCCUGCUGCUCGGCUCCUCUUUAUUUGUCCCCCGGCAUUCUCUGCACCCCAAGGCACUCAGAGUAGACAGACGGCUGGACAGGGGGCAGUGUCCCUAACACUCCCACAUCCCUGCUGUGGCUCAGUUUCUGCUUUUCUUUCAGACGGAUGUUCCCUGUUCUGAAGAUCAGUGUGACGGGGCUGGACCCCAAUGCCAUGUACUCCCUCCUGCUGGACUUUGUCCCCGCGGACAGCCACCGCUGGAAGUACGUCAACGGGGAGUGGGUGCCGGCGGGCAAGCCCGAGGUCGCCAGCCACAGCUGCGUGUACAUCCACCCGGACUCGCCCAACUUCGGGGCGCACUGGAUGAAGGCCCCCAUCUCCUUCAGCAAGGUCAAGCUCACCAACAAGCUCAGCGGAGGCGGCCAGAUAAUGCUGAAUUCCCUGCACAAAUACGAGCCCCAGGUCCACAUAGUGCGCGUGGGAGGUGCCCAUCGGAUGGUCAUGAACUGCUCCUUCCCUGAAACCCAGUUCAUCGCUGUGACGGCCUACCAGAACGAGGACGUCAGGGCGAACCACCUGAAAGAUAUCCCGGAAGCGAUCUCCGAGAGCCAGCACGUGGCCUGUCCCCACCUGAAGUCAGAGCACCUUUUAGCGUAUGCACCCCAACAGUCUUCUAUAUCGCUAUGGUUCCAGUGCCACAGACCUGGCGAGGACCUGCUGUCCGUCUCCAGAGAAGCCGGCGAGCUGUGCCACGCGUGGGAGGGGGCAGGGGUGGUCUCUGUCCCACGGCGGACGUCCAGUGUGGUCCACACAGAAGCAGAGCUGUGCACGGGCGGGGAACCCGACUGGAGGUGUCAGUGUGUCUUCCUCUCUGUCCUAGUGGGUGGCUGGAUCUUCUCCAACCCGGAGGGAGUGUGCUCGGCCGGGAACGCCAAUUUCCAGUAUGCGCCUCCUCUGCCUCUGUCUGCCCCUCACACCCACCACGGCUGUGAGCGCUACGCUGGCCUCCGCGGGCACCGGCCGGCCCCCUACCCGUCCGCGUACAUGCACAGGACCCAUUCUCCCUCAGUGAACUUGCUAGAAAGCUCCGGCAACAACCUGCAAGUGUUCUCCGGAGCUGACAGCUGGACUUCCAUCUCCUCCACGCCCCACGCCAGCAUCCUGUCCGUCCCGCACACCAGCGGCCCCAUCAACCCUGGGCCCAGCCCCUACCCGUGCCUGUGGACCAUCAGCAACGGAGGCGGGGGUGCCGGGCCGGGCCCCGACGUGCAUGCCGGGUCUCCGGGCGCAUUUCUCCUGGGCAACCCCGCCGUGACUUCGCCCCUCUCCACCCAGGCGCCCACUUCGGCGGCGGUGGAGGUUCUGGGGGAGCCCUCGCUGACCAGCAUCGCCGUGUCCACCUGGACAGCGGUGGCCUCGCAUCCGUUUGCGGGCUGGGGUGGCUCGGGUGGGGGUGGGCGCCAUUCUCCCUCCUCGCUGGACAGCUAGGCAGGGUCCGAGGGCAGGGGUCCACAGAGAACCUUCCGUGUGUCCAGCACCUAGAACCCCCGAUCCCAGUGAGUGGGGCUGCGGGGGGUGGGCGCCUCCAGAAGCCGACUGGCAGGUUGUUCAGCGAGGGUGAGGCUGAUGACGUACUGGGUCUUUCUACCACUUCCUGUUUGCGAUCUCAUUUUCUCUGCAGAGGAUUUCUCUGUGCUCGGGCAACAGCGGUUCAUCCAAUACCCUCCCGUGCCUUGCCCCUACUCCCAAGUGAUUGUAGACGGCGAUACUUCUUCUAGGUGAAGAAGCAUAUGACACUAACUUCUGUUAAGUGAGCUCCAAGUUUGCCUGCCCGAGGCCACCGUUUUGUGGCUUUGUGCAGCCCUCAAGGGUGUGUGGCCACAAGCCUUCUACUCUGAGAGCAAGAGAGGCUGUAACUCAGCGUGAAGGUAGCAAAGAUAGAGCCAAUCACACAAUCCAGCAGGAGCCUGGCAUCGAGGUCAGAUCACGCACUACCUUGCUCAGUCACCUUCGAUGGCUCACCAGUGCCUGCAGAGCAGAGUCACACGUAACCACCAGGGGAUCCUCUACAGCCCGGCCUCGCUGCUUCUGCAGCUGAGCUCCCUGCUACCUGGCAGCACCCGUGUGUCAGUCGAGGGAGACACUGCCCCGGUGCUCUAUGUUCAGUGGACUUUCCCACCGCUGUGCCUCUGACCCGAGCUGUCCUCUGUCUAGUCCCGUUGUGCAUCCUACCCCUCUCUCCGCCUCGCUCAAGUGCCAUGCCCUGCACCAGCCCUGCCCUGCCCUGCCCGGGGCAUUGCUGUAGCCAAUGCCCUGCCCAGGCACACUCCACUGUGCCCUGCCCCGACUCGCCCCUGCUUUGCCUCUGGCGUGAGCUCCCUCAUUCUGCCUGUGCUUUCUUCUCUGUGAGUGUGCCUCUCCCAGAGACUGUGAGCCCCUUGGGGGCGAGGCCUAGCCUUGGCUUUGUGCCCCACAGCUCCUGGAUCUGUG